AUGACAAGUGUUGUAGUCGGAGGACUAUUCAAUGCCGUAGCAAUUGCAGGAGCUGGAUUCCUGUUCAGCAAAUUAAACCACAGUGGAUACGAGGACGAAAUGAAAAGACAUAACACAGCGUUGGAUAAAUUAGCGAAAGCUAAAGAAAAAUGGUACGAAAGUCAAGUGGAAAAAAAGAACAGAAUUCCAAUACUCAGGCAGGAACUAGUCGACGCCAAAUCGGAUAUGGAAACGACAAACCGUGCUCUGGACUCCUUGCGGAAAGUGCAGGAGGAACUAACACUGGAUAAACAACCAACAAUUCACGAUUACUACAAACCAUCAAGCGAAAUGGAAGAAUAUCAGCAGAUCAGAUUGGAAUAUUGGGACUGGGGUCUGGAUUCAUAA